AUGGCAGAAUGGUAUCGCACAAGUAGCAGCAGUAACACUAACAGUGCUGCCUCCCGCAAGACGUAUCAGAUGAACGAUGGGGACCGCAUGCGCAAGAGAAAAAAGAUAGAUGGUUCAGGAAUAUCAGGCAUACUCUCCACUUUUACUGUUCCAAAGUUAAAGUCUAAUACAGAUGUGCUAGAAGCGGCAGCAUCCAGAACACCUCCUACUCUAACACAGCCCAGUGCCCUACAACUUAUCAGCAAGAAUUACAGCAGCAAUGAUGCUUCUAGCAAGAAAAAGUCGGAAUCUGAGGACUUAUUCCCUUUUUACAAUAAACCUGAAGAGAAGAAAGCGGAAGUGCGGUUGAUAACCCGAACGCAGGCCUCACCCCGGGAGCCCCUCCACAGCAACACCACCAAACAACAGACCACACCCAAACUAACUCCACCCGCUAAACCACACAUACCCUUUUUAAAGACACCUGAAGACGAGGAACCCAUGAUAGCUCACAGAUCUCGAUUUAAGGACGACCGGUUGGAGACAGCGAAGACAAUGGAGACACGGGAGACACCAACCACUGAGGCUAGGAGAACUUCAAAUCCUAUUAAUCGUCCUAUUGAUGGAGCCCCUACUAGGCGACCUAAGGUACCAAAGGAGGAGGCAGCAGCAAACAGGCCUCCUCAAAUAGGAAGUACUGCCGACAAUCCCAUGACGCUGGACAGCUCCGAGGACGAAGCUGAGAAUAGUAACGGAGACGUUCACCAGUGGUGCAUUUCUGCAGCACACAUAGGAUCGCUCACAAAAUUGGAUGUAUCCAUCCUGGAGAUAAACCAGGAACAUUUCGAGUUUAACGUGACGAGCGAAGUUUUAUUAGCUGAAGUCAAAGUUUGUGUGCCGUGGAAUGAGAUCAUUAAAAUGGAAUCUCAUUUUAGUAACGACCUUCACGCACUGGUUAUUCAUGUAGAGGAGCUGUGGGCUAAUGGUUUAAUAGCGCAACUAAAGAACGCUCUCUCCAGACAAAUACCCUUAGAACUUGAACCUAAAAGCACUGUUAGGUACAAAAGAGUUAUAAGUCUAGAGUUUGUGAAGGAGCCGCCAGCUCAACACAUUACCAUGAUGGGAUACUACCUUGAUAAGCAUCACAACGUUAAAAUGAACAGGAUCGAGUCCUGUACUGCUGCACAUAUUAAGGAACUUCUACCACCUGUUGAUCAUUUUGACUCACACAUGGACACUGAUGUAAUAGAACAGGAUACGAGGACACUAUUGGUGUACCCACCACCCCCAGCUCAAGCCAGCAUUACUUUAACUUAUGCAGAUCUGGAAUGUCUGAAACCUGAGGAGUUCCUCAAUGAUAGUAUACUCGACUUCUAUCUCAAGUACGUGCACCAUGAACUAAUGUCAGUUAGCUUACGAGACAAGACUCAUCUGUUCAACUCCUUCUUCUACAAAGCUCUGACUCAGCCGAUUAAGAAGGAGACUAAGAACGAUCCGGCCUCUAAGAGGAUGAGCAAUUCUGAGAGGAUGCACCAACAGGUGAAGAAGUGGAGUAAAACAAUAGAUCUGUUUUCUAAGGACUACAUAAUAGUGCCAAUCAACGAGCACCAGCACUGGUAUCUAGCCAUCAUAUGCUACCCCUGGUUAGAAUCACCUCAUUACGAGGAGGCUAAAUCUUGGAAACCUGCCAACAAACGUAGUGAGAGGUCGGAACAGGAUGAUACUGUGGACGAGAAGGAUAUUGAUGGUGUGCUCAGCAAGAACAAAGAACACAGCACAGUGCCCCCCAUCUCCUGUAGACCUUGUAUCCUUAUGUUUGACAGCCUGGUUGCGAAUGGCCGUAACAAGGUAGUCAACAACAUCAGGAACUACCUUGCAGCUGAGUGGAAGACGAAGAGUGAAAGAGGACCCCGGAGUUUCAACAAACAAAACUUUCCCGGUAUUUUCGUUGAGGGACCUCUCCAAGAGAACUUUUGUGAUUGCGGUGUCUUCUUGUUGCAGUUUGUCGAGAAGUUCUUCGAGAGCCCAAUAACAGACUACAGAUUCCCGGUUGAAAGGAAAGACUGGUUCUCCCAACAAGACAUUACGAAAAAAAGAGAGUCACUCAGAAAACUAAUAGUUAGACUCGGACCUAACAGACAGUUUACAGAAGCAACCAACAAGAAAUAGGACAUGUUAGCCGCCGGCAAAGCAGCUGUAGGAUUUGAAUUUUAAUGUUAUUCGGAAAAAUUAAUCGGGCGAAUUAUCAGCGCGGUGGUACGCGAGGCAUGAUGAGGCUCGAGUUGCCAGAUUUGCUGAGACAACUUCAAAUUGAAAAUCAAGAACGGAAAUGUGAUCAUCAAUUGGAUUGUUUGAAAUACUGAGGAUGACAGAGAUUUUGUGUUCGAGAGUAUGAGUUGAAAGGGUUAAGAGUUUGGGAAGGAAUGGCUAAAAUCUGAGAGGAAUUAUUUUUUUGAGGUGGUAGAUCCUGUAACUCAGUGUUUAUGAGCAGGCUCAUAGUUUAUUGAAUUCAGUAGGAUAAGUGACUUCUUAUCAGCAUCCUAGAAGUUUUCCUUACGUCGUGAACUUUUGACUGUAUUUUAUAUUUGCCUUCUUAAGUUAAAGGAAAAAUUCGUUGAAGCUUAUUUGUUUUGAGCGAGAACCGAAGAAGCCCCAUUAAAAUUGAUUAUAUUUAUACUAACCUAUUUAAGUCGCUUAUUUUCAAAAUGUUUCAGUAUUGUACCCGCUUAUGCUGAUCGCACUUUGAAAGGCUGAACUUGUUUUAUAUUUAAGCGUUGAAAAUUUUGAGCCCUUGUAUUUUGCUAAACGUAACAAUUUGUUGAAAUUUUUAAUUUGCGUGUGUUUUUUUCCGAGAUUUUAACCUAGCAUUUCCUCGCUAAUUAAUAAAUGCGUGCGAAAAUUUUCGCUCAUCAUUACCGUAAGCCAUUAAAUGAUAGCCAUGAGGGUCCUUGACCCUUUUCUUGUCACAGUGUGUACGCUGCGGAUUCUCCGACUGUUCUCCUCUUUCAAAUAAUUGAACUCAGAAAUUGAAUUAUUCCGCAAUAGAUAAAAUAUCAAUAGUUCAUUCGAUAUGCAUUGCAUUAACGCUAGAUCCUCCUAUUACAGUCCAAAUCUUGGCAUGUUUUUACACGGUUGAUCUACAAAUUUCGAUUACCGAUCCCGAAAAACACAUGCAAAGAAAUAUAUUUUUCUAAGUUAACUCUAACUGAAAUUACUAAUUUUUUCAGUUUAAUUUUUAAGCUACGCUGUUCUAUGGUACUGAAACUUCCCAGUUUGCGGCUAUUUUAUCCCAUUUGAAAUGUUAUAUAUAAAUUAUAUUUGUUUUGCCUUGAAUGGAUACCU